AUGUCCAAGACGACACGAUAUAGAGAUCCGCACCAAUGGUCUCGUCCGCGCGACCAUUUAGACCCUGAGAAGGCUUCCUCCCCUAUAGCCUACGAUUCCUCCCUCAGUGACGACGAACCCGUAUAUUCCGAUACAUCUCGAGUAACCUCAGGCUCGCUGAGCUCUCACGUUCCCAUGCUAGGCAGCCCGUCUCGGCGGCGAAGACCGCGGAGAAAUGGGAUCAUGCCGCAUCGAUUGAUGAGAUGUGUCUGUCUGGCCGUCUUUGUCGCGCUCGUCAUUUUCGUCCUCAACCUCUUCCGAUUUACACUGUUCGGCCGUGCUGAGCAGGUUCCUAUUGAUGUGGCCAAGCCAGUACCCAAACCACACGUAUGGGAGAGUUUCCCAUUCUUGAAACGCUACCAUGGAGGUAUCAGGACACUGAUGCCACGAAAUGAAAGCAUUCCGGAAUAUCCAGGAGACGGCACUUUGGACGAAUUGUCGCUAGCCAUGGACGAAGCUUUGCAAGAGGGUGGAUCUGAUCAACAGGAAGAAGAGGAGGAAGUGAGGAAGACUGUGCAAAAGCGUUCGGACGGCCUACCGAUGUCCAGUUCCGCUUUCAAUCCUUAUCCGAACUACCAAUCAGAAGAAUAUAUCCAAAAGUACGGAGAGAAAGUCGAGUGUUUCCUUGAUGAAGAUAAUCAAGUUAGAUUGCCUUAUCUGCAAUAUUAUGCCGGUGUGCCUCAAGGCUUUCCAGACGCAAUCAUGGGCUCGAAUAAGAUGAUAGGCAUGCGCGACGAUGUUUGUUUUGACCGCUUUGGACGUCUUGGUCCUUAUGGUCUUGGAUACGGCGCCCGGAAAGGCGGCAGUGGAGCGGGAAUGGAAGGUGAUCGCGAGGGUGCCGAGGGUGUAUGGGCGGACGUUCCUCCUGUCGACUUCCGUGAGGUCAACUGGGCUGCAGCACAGAAUCGCUGUGUGAUUGCUAACAGUCACCGUUUCACUAAACUUGGAGAUCCUCGCCUGGAUCGUGCCUUUGCCAUGCCAAUUGGUGCCCCUCCAAAGGCACACUUGGAGAGUCCCCCUGCUCCCGAGAAGGAGUACGCAAAAGGCACAACCAACUUACCACGUACUGCAGUUUUGAUUCGUACUUGGCACGACUACCAUUACACAGAAGAGGAUAUCUUGUACCUGCGAGCGCUCAUCACGGAACUAUCCCUGAUGACCGGUGGAGAAUAUACUGUACAGUUCCUGAUCCAUGUCAAGGAUGACAAUUUGCAGAUCUGGUCUGAUGAAGAAACAUACGAUCGUGUGCUCUUCGACGCUCUCCCUGAAGAAUUCCACGGUAUGGGAAUCCUAUGGUCGGAGAGACAAAUGAAUCUUAUCUAUGGUGGCUUGGAAGAGAGUUUUGAACGUGGUUUGCCCGUUCAUGGCGUUUAUCGCAGCACCUUCAUGCCAGUCCAGUACUUUUCUCAUCUUCACCCCGAGUACGAUUAUGUGUGGAAUUGGGAGAUGGAUGUUCGGCAUACUGGACACUGGUAUCACUUCUUUGACAAGGCGGCUAGUUGGGCUCAUAAACAACCACGCAAGGGCUUAUGGGAGCGGAAUUCUCGGUUCUAUGUCCCCAGUGUGCAUGGUCCAUGGGAAGAUUUUAUGCACACGGUUCGUGUGGAGACAGAAAAAGGUACCAACAGUCCCAACAACAUUUGGAGCGCCGUUAAGGAUAGCGAAGACAAGUCCGAUCCUUACCACAAGGACCAUGGUCGACACGGCGAGGACUUCAUCUGGGGCCCAGUCCGUCCGCAUGAGGACGAUAUCAUGGAGCUAGAAACGGACGUCACUCCUCCUACAAGCAUGGAAAAGGAUAGGUACGAGUGGGGCGUCGGUGAAGAGGCAGAUCUCAUUGUUUUCAAUCCACUAUUUGAUCCGGUGGGAACAACAUGGCUCCUCCGAAAUGACAUUACUGGAUAUCAUCGUGAAGAUGGCGUCCCCGGACGUCGUGCUGCUAUCAUCACAGCGUCUCGACUUUCUCGCAGGCUGUUAAUGACCAUGCACCGCGAGACCAGCAUGAAACGACACACAAUGUUCUCGGAAAUGUGGCCUGCAACCACGGCGCUGCACCACGGCUUGAAAGCUGUAUACGUGCCUCACUCGGUGUACAUCGACCGCAAAUGGCCACCACGAUAUGUGGACUCGGUCUUCAACGGAGGCCGUAACGGCGCAUCUGGAGGAGCCCGUACUUCAGUUUUUGGAGACCGCGAACACAACUUCCGUGGAACAACAUGGUUCUACUCUGCAGGUUUCUCGUCAAACCUGUACCGGCGCUGGUUAGGAUACAAAGUUGACAAUGACGGCGGCGAAGAAGAAGAGCUUGCCGGCGAGGGUCGCUUGUGUCUACCUCCCAUGCUGUUGCAUCCUGUCAAGGACGUGCAACUGGUGAUUGACAAUGGAGAUGUUCCGGACGAAGGGGAAGUGGGUGAAUCAAUCGCCGAUGACUCAUCAUAAUCAAAACGAGCCACGAUUUAACGACGAGCCUUGAUUUGCUUGUUUCUUUUUAUUUUGGGAUUUCUACUUCCAUCCGUCCAUUUCUUGUUAUUAUUGCCUUUCUUGGAGUUUAGAAUUCUUAGCUGUACAUCAUAUGCCCACUUUGUCACCCUGGUGGUUGGUUAUUCUUAUCUUUUAUUCGUUUGAGUUGCAUAUACUAUUUUGUUCCUUUCCCACAUCACUUUCUUGCUGCCCCGUUUCUGUGCAUCUGGGCGAAACAGGUGUUUGAGAGAAGUUUUAUGAUGGAUAUUAUUCUUCUCCAGUGUUCCAUUUGGAUUCUCUACCAUGCUUAUUCUUCGUAUCCAUAUAAUUUUCUACAGUUGGACAAGCUUUUUGUCUAUAAUAGUGUGUUCUCUGAGGGGGAUAUUCAACGAUGCAAUGUACAUAAGACAGCUGAUACUCUCACACCGAGAAGCUUAAACAGAAAUCAAGGCUCCAUAUGGAAC